UUGAACUGACAUCAGAACAUGCCCAGAAGGUAGCAGAGCUGGAGCUGGCUGUGCAUCAGAAACUCAGAGAACGACAGAAGGUUUACGAGGAAGCCUUUAACCAAGACAUGGAGCGGUAUAUUUCUACUGGAUGUUUGCAGAACAAAGGAGCGCCCAACAGAGAGUGUGAGGGACCACAGAUCCGCCCCCCAAAGAUGCGCAGGAGACGGGGGGAGCUCCAAGUCCCAGAGAUCCAGGCGCUGCCCCAGAACGCAGGAACCCCAAGGAGACUGCAACCAGGAAGGCCCCCGCCCCCCUCGAGAGGCACAGAGGAUCGCCCCGGGGGGCCACAACCAGCAGCCGGCAGAGUCCCUGGAGAUAUCAGCGGCAAGCCCACAGGCCCGCCCGCAGCCUCCCACCCCCUAGCCGGCCGAGCCCGGGACCCAGCGACCCGGGACCCAGGGGCGACCACCCCCGCCGGGGACCCAGCAGAGCCCAGGGGCCCAGACCCCACCAGGCAGCCACCGGGAUCUAUCAGGCAGAUGCCAAAAUCUUAAACCCCCAGACCCGGUUGCCACGAACACUCAGGCAGACCAAGGCACAAGCCCCCACACCAGGUGUGGCAGGGGGAGGGGGGACAGAGAUCUAUAUCAUCAAGAGAAGUUCCAGGAGAGGGGAGGACCCAAAGGCCCCACCUGACAUAUACAGUCAUACACAAACACAGUCACACGCUCCCUCCCUCAUUCUCACACAUGCACAUACAACCCAAGACUUACAAAAAUGCACGCCGGACACCCACUCAUGCUCCCCAUACACACCUUAUUCACUCUGGUCCCGGUACUGCUGCACAUUGGGUACAACCAUCACCGGUAACCAGAGUUUGACCCUUUCUGCUGGGGUGCUGAUGAGCAGGCUCCCCCGCCCAACGCUGAGCACAGCAACCCACCACCCCAGACCCCAACCAGAUGGCCAGAUCUCCCUCCUAGCCUCCAGCCCCAGGAAGCCUAGCAACAACAGAGGUGGCUAAGACCCCUAGUCUCCCUCCGCCUGCUCCAAUAUAGUGUUGUGUGAUCAUGAGGUGUAUUCCAUGGCUGUGGUGAGUGGGCAGUGCGGGCAUCAUCCAGCAUAUGCCAGCUGAUGCCACUGCACCACCCCACUUACACCCUCAGCCAUCAGUGUCUAAGUGCGGUUUAAAAUUGGCAGUGGGCACCGGCACUCGGGAGGAGGCUGAAAUAUCCCCCUGCCAAUUGCCGUUGAAUGUGCUCACUCCCAAGGCCCUAAGUGUGUGUUUGUGUGGAAUUUCGUCAGUGGAAGUGUAUAAGGUGCAAAUAAAAUUGGGGGGCAGGUUUCCACAGGAAUGCGGAAAUGGGGUCCAUACCCGCACUCCCUGACUUGCCUACCCCCCAAGGUCCUAUGUGUAUGUUUGUGUGAUGACAUGAGGGAGCAGGAGGAGAGAAAUAUGCGGGGAUGGGGAGGAAUGGCUGGUUGGGCUUAGCCCUCCAGGGAGCCAGCUCCCCUACUGGCCCCAAUAGGCACCUCUGUUGUCAAACUGCCACCCAGGGCAUGGAGACCCCAGCCCAUCCUGCCAGGGCCCAAAGCAGCAGCAUUACAGAGCCUCACGGAGUCCGAGGGCACCAACCCAGCCCCACCCCAGCAGAAUAUCUAUGCCCACUCCUGCAUUUGCACAACUUCCAGAAUAUAUAAGACAUGGGACAUCCAGGUAAGGUUGGGUCCUCCCCCUCCUGGACCUCCCCCUCCCCUGUGAUGGAACGGCAGAGGAGCCAAGGUCUACCUGAGGCCCCCGAACCCGAGCCAGGCACUGCUGGGUGUCCCUGCCUUCUUCCCGGCAGCAUACAUGUCAGGACCCGACCCCCAAGGCCCCGCCCAGAUCCCCACACGGGGCCGGCCACCCCCAAACCCCGAACCCCCCGAGGGUUGGGGACUCCCCUCACAUCAUGUUGGACAGAGUAUGUGAAAGAGUAUGUGAUAUUUACUUCUUAGGAGACGUCAACAUUGAUUGGAAUUCUACAAGUUGUGCUUUAAGGAAUAAAUUGUACUCAGCGGCUCUUACGUGCAAUUUGACACAGAUGGUCUCACCACAUACAAGAGUAAAUGUAAAAGCUGAUGGUUCUCAAUCAGCAACUUUAAUUGAUUUAUUAUUUACAAAUAUGAGUCUGGUGUGUUCAAACGCAGUUUCAAUCCCGGUAGGCUGCAGGGAUCAUAAUUUAAUUGUAAUUAGAAGGAUAACAAAAGUACCUAAAUCAGGCAAAAGAUUUAUAGUGAAGAAGACCUUUCGAAAUUUUGAAGAAAAUGACUAAUUUUUAGAGGACGUGAAAAAUGUGGAUUGGAAAAGAGUAAAUCAGGAGUGUGAUCCAAAUAGUGCUGUAGAGGUUUUCAAUGAGUUAAUAGGAAAGCUUUUAGAUAAACAUGCUGCUAUAAGGAAGCUAGCUGUAAGAAAUAACUCGACCCCCUGGCUAGACCAAGAGUUGAAGGAGUUUAUGACUCAAAGAAACACAAUUAAAGAGAAUGCAACUAAAUAUGAUGUGGCAUUAUGGAAUAAAUAUUACAAAUUGAGAAAUUAUGUUACCUAACUAAAUAAAAGUAAGAAGAUAAUCUAUUAUCAAAAUAACAUUAAAGAGGCAAAAAUGGAUAAUGCAUGUAUAUGGGGUACAUUAAAUGAACUAUUGGGAAAGAAAGCUACAACAAUUCCACUUUUUUUGGAAGUCUAUGGGGUCUUUAUUACAAAACCAAAACAUAUCGCCACACAUUUAAGUAAAUUCUUUAAGGACAAAAUUCAAACCUGGAAAUCUUCCAUGAAUCAAAAACAAGAUAAUGACAUUUCAUGUAGAAUGAUAAAAAAAGAUGAUGGGGAGUAAAGGAUUUACAUUUAAAUUUGAAAUAAUUACUGAUCAGACUGUUAAGAAUAUUCUGCUAACUAGUAAAGAUACACAAUCAGGCAUUGAUAAUAUUGAGGUGUAGCGUUGUUAAUCUACAUAACUAGAAUGUAACGCUGUUGCUGUUUCAGCUUUGUUAAAUCCUGAGAAAGAUCAAAAGAAUUGGCAAUGAAACUUCUAUCAAAUAUAUAUAUAUAUCCACAGAUAUUUAUAUAAUCGAUAGAAGUUCAUACACCAACUGAUUUAAUCAAAAGGUUAAUAUUUAAUUUAAGAGAUUUAAGUAAAUAUCAAAAGUUUAGUUAUUAAUUCAGAAGAUCUAAAGAGAUCUUUGCUCGUUCAGUGAUCAAUAUACACCACUCUGUGUUUUAUUUCAAAGAAGAGUCAGGUUUAAAAAGUAAAGAAUUGAUUACUAACAAUUUAAAGAUGACAAUUGGAAAGCCAAUUCAUAACUGACAAUUUAUGAAAGCCUUGGUUUUAAAACUUGGUAUUAAAGCAAUCUGUGUCUGGAUGAAAACUAAGCAUGAAGUGUGUGUUUGGAUGUGUGAAUGUAGGUCUCAGAAGGUUUUAUCUUAGAGAGAGAAAAACGCGUUCUGGGUGAAAGAGUUUGGUUUGCAGUUAAGCUAAAUUAUUUCUUUAAAAAAAAACAGGCAUUUCAGACGCAAUCUUUUGUUCUAUCUCACCGUUCAGACGACCCUCUGUUUGGAUCCGGAGGUCAAGGGAGGAUGUUGAUCAGCCUCUGGGUACCCGGCCCGGUACACUGCAAUCCCGAAUAAGUUCACUGAACUCAAAAUUUAUGAGGAAACUGAUUACCUAAUAAUUUUUAAGUUAACUUAUCAAAAACUAUGUUUACCAUAACCUAAAAAAUAUGACCUGAAUAAAAUCAAAGCAUUUAACUACCUCCAACCUAUAACUUAGCACUUAAGCAACUUAAAAAGUUUUAUUUCACUAAACUUGCAUAUUUUAUUUUAUUUGAACUUUAUUACAUGUUUUUACUAACUUAAAUAAUACAUCUUAUAUGAACUCUAAAUGGACCUAUUAAACCCUAACCCAAAUAAGCUGAAUUUACUUAAAAGUGACAAUGUGACAGGCUGGUGAAGGCAGUAACUAACACCAGAUCAUGACUCACACACCCCUAGAUGCUAACAGCCAAUGAAAGUGGGACACUCAAAGUCAAGUCAAGAGUACCUGGUGUGAACAACCACAGUAUUAAUAACAAUGGGACGGCACAGCCAUACAGCAUUACUUUGACCAACCUCCUCACUUAUGGGGCAAACAUGAUACAAAAAGUAACACCACAUCUGCAACACUGAAUGAAAUAAUAACUGAGAACAACAAUCCUCCACAAUGAACAUGCAUAAACACCCCAAAAUAGAGCAAAAUAACUGAAAAUUUGACUACCCACAAUGCACCACGCCCAGCAGUUGUUUAUUGUACCUGCAAUCCAUCAAAAUUGCUAGUUUGUGGUUGUUUUUCCUGGAAAUCCACAAUUUAAAAAAAGAAGAUACGAGUCUUUUUAUUAGACACAUUUUAGUGUUGACGUAAAGACGAAUGGAAUAACAUAGAAACAUAAAAUAAUAAAUC